AUGGUUUGCGCCCCCCCCAAGCGCCUUUCGCAUGGGGAGGGCCAGACCUUGCGACCCCCCCGCGGCACCGGAGCCUCCCCCGUUAGAGCAGACAGGUACAGCAGCGGCAGUGCGAUACCCCACACCGCCCCAUCCAUGUGCCUCAACUCUGACUUGGAGGGACCACCUCAGGAGGCCACCCGGCAGCCACUGCAUGGCAACGAACUUGGGCCAAUUCCAGCCUGGGCUGCAGUUCUUCCGGCCUAUACCAUUCAAGGACAGUAUGCCAUUCCACAGCCAGAUCUGACCAAGCUGCACCAGUUGGCAAUGCAACAGUCACACUUUCCAAUGUCUCAUGGCAACACUGGAUUCAGUGGCGUGGAAUCCAGCUCUCCAGAGGUGAAAGGCUAUUGGGGUUUGGACGCCUCGGCUCAAACCACCUCUCACGAACUCACCAUUCCAAACGAUUUGAUUGGCUGCAUCAUCGGGCGUCAAGGCGCCAAAAUCAAUGAGAUCCGCCAGAUGUCCGGGGCGCAGAUCAAAAUUGCCAACCCUGAGGGAUCCACCGACAGGCAGGUCACCAUCACCGGCUGCGCCAGCAUCAGCUUGGCCCAGUAUCUAAUUAAUGUCAGUUUAGAAAGCGCUAAACCCUCCUCCUCCCAGGCAGCCUCCGUCACUCCGACCCCCGACCACCUCAGCAUCAACCUCUCUCAACCCUCCACCCCUUCUUCUUCUUCUUCUUCUUCCUCCUCCUCCUCCUCCUCCUCCACCACCACGGCGGGCGGGGGGGGCCCUCCCGACGCCCCCGGCGUCCCCAGCCCUCUCGCCACCGUCCCCUGUGUCUCCAGUCUGCUCGGUGGCAUCAAACCCGUCCCUCUCCUGGCGCUCAAUGUGGCCGCCAAGGCCGCCCCCCCCGCCGCCCCCCCCUGCGCCGCCGCCAACAAACUCAAAAGCGAAAAGCAGCGAUUCGCUCCCUACUGACUCUUUUAGCGGGGGGGGGGGCAAGGGACCAGCACGUAGAAAACGCUCAAAAAGCGAAUUUCUCUUUAAUUUUCCCCGUUUAUCUUUAAUUUCCCCUCCCCAGCUUGCGAUGGGCCCGUUCCCCCAAUUCCUCCUUGUAGCUGUUUCAUUCCCCCCCCCCAUUUUUUAGUAGCUUGUUCGCAAUGGCGGUUGGGGGGGGGUGUUGGGGGGGGUGCUUCAUUAAGGGGGUGGGAUUUAAUUGCCGUCCCGGUGCCGGGGGCUGUUUCAUUAAUUAAUUAAUGUCUGUACCUGUAAUAAAGUUGCCACGGUGCGAAUGUGCUCUGGUAGAUCUGUGCUGGGGGGGGAUGCGGGGCGCCCUCAGUUUGGGGGGGGGCUCAUUGCCACCCGUAUUGGGGUGCCCCCCCAUUAAUUGCAGUGAGGUGGGGGGGCGGCUUUGUCCUGUCUAUUGUGUGUCCCCCCCUUUGUGCUCCCCAAGGGCUGGGGGUGCAGACCCCCCCAUUUCCUUGCUGCCUGAUUCCGUGGUGUCCCGUCCUCACCCCCCCCCCCAGAAAUAAGCUUUGAGGCUGCUGCUGCGCUUGCUCUGGUUCUGUGUCCCCCCCAGGUGACCCCCCCACCCCAAGUGACCCCCACAUCAGUUUGGGGGGCUGAUGCUUCUUCCCAGCGCUUGUGCCUAAACCUGCACCCCAAACCUUCCUCCGUGUCCCCCUCAAACCGCUCCCCAUGGGGCUGCCCUUCCUGUGCCCCCCAUCACCCCCCAGGGUGAACCCCCACCUUUAUGGGGGGGGCAACACCUCUUCCCCCCACUUGUAACCCUGCACCCCCAAACCCCCUCCUGUCCCCUUUGGGGACCCAUCUGUGUCCCCCCACCUUGGGACAACCCUUCCUGUGACCCCCCCCACCAACUGAUCCCCCACCUUCAUUUUGGGGGGGGUGGUCAAGCCCCUCCCCCCCAAAUCUGCCCUAACUCUGUACCCCAAACCCUCCUGUCCCCUUUGGGGACCCAUCUGUGUCCCCCCCACCCAUGGGACAGCCCUUCCUCUGCCCCCCCAUCCUCUUCCUCACCCCCCAGGUGAACCCCUAUCCUGGGUGACCCCCCCUUCAUUUGGGGGGGGCGAUACCUCUUGCCCCCCAGUUCUCCCCACACAAUCCCCCAGCACCCCAAACCCCUUUGGGGACCCGUCCUCUUUCUCACCCCCCUGCGUGAACCCCCAUCCUGGGUGACCCUUCAAUUAAUUUUGGGGGUGGGGCAGCACUCCCCCCCCACUUCUGCCUUAAACCUGCACCCCCCCAAAAUCCCCCCCCCCCCGUCCCCUUUGGGGACCCAUUUCCCCUUCCCCCCAACUUUGGGGUCCCAUUUCCCCCAUCCUCUUCCUCAGCCCCCCAGUUCCCCCCUCCCUUUCCCAUUCAUUUUGGGGGGCCAACACCUUCCCCCCCCCCUUCUUUAAACCACCCCCUGUGCACCCCCCAUCCCUUUGGGGUCCCAUUUCCCCAUCCUCUUCUUCACCCCCAGUUCCCCCCUCCCUUUUCCCUUCCGUUUUGGGGUGCCAACCUUCCCCUUUCUUGGAACCACCCCAUGUUAAACCCCCCAUGUGCACCCCAGUCCCCCCAACUUUGGGGUCCCAUUCCCCCCGGUUCCCCCCUCCCUUUCCCCUUCCAAUUUGGGGGUGCCAAUGUUCCCCCUUCUUCAAACCACCCCCUGUGCACCCCCCAUCCCUUUGGGGUCCCAUUUCCCCUUCCCCCAACUUUGGGGUCCCAUUUACCCCCCAGUUACCCCCUCUCUUUCCCCUUCCAUUUUGGGGAUGCCAACACCUUCUCCCCCUUCUUUAAACUGCCCCAUGCACCCCAGUGCCCCCAAGUUUGCCCUGUUUUCCCUUCCCCCCAACUUUGGGGUCCCAUUUCCCCCAUCCUCUUCUUCACCCCCCAGUUCCCCCCUCCCUUUCCCCUUCCAAUUUGGGGGUGCCACCCUUCCCCCUUCUUCAAACCAUCCCCUGUACACCCCCCAUCCCUUUGGGGUCCCAUUUCCCCUUCCCCCAACUUUGGGGUCCCACUUCUCCCCCAGUUCCCCCCUCCCUUUCCCCUUCUAAUUUGGGGUGCCAACCUUCCCCCUUCUUCAAACCACCCCCUGUGCACCCCCCAUCCCUUUGAUACCCCAUUCCCUUUCCCCCCAACUUUGGGGUCCCAUUUCCCCUUUUCCCCAUCUUUGGGGUCCCAUUUCCCCCAUCCUCUUCUUCACCCCCAAAUUCCCCCCUCCCUUUCCCCUCCCACUUUGGGGGUGCCCCCCUUCCCCCUUCUUCAAACCAUUCUCUGUGCACCCCCCAUCCCUUUUGGGGUCCCAUUUCCCCCAUCCUCUUCUUCACCCCCAGUUCCCCCUCCCUUUCCCCUCCCACUUUGGGGGUGCCCCCCUUCCCCUUCCCGCGCCCUGGCCGGUUUCGGGGUGCCCGGGCCCUGACGCGCUCUUCUCG